AUGGGAGACUUGUCAAAGUACGACUCCAUGUAUAUGAAUCUUCGAUUUGAUAUCAUCAUUGCUCGGGGCUCCAAAGAAAUGCGAUUCAAUCUCUACACAGCUCUCGCAGAUUCACAGUUUGAAAACAUCGCCAUCGUUUAUCCAGGCCACAUGUUUUCCGGAAAGCAAAAUAUCGACAAGAUGUUCAACUCAUUGAAGCGAAUCGUUGUACUAGGAGAGGCGGAUUCGAAAAUCACUAGGAUUCCUGGCGUCGAUCUCGAAGGUCUGUUGGCAAACAAGUCUGUAGUCUCGACGGAGCAACUGACUUAUGACAAAGUUCGUUGGCUGGUUUCAACGUAUAAGAAGUUUGAGCUUCUGAGACAGGCGAUGGAUAUAGACGGAGAUAUUGUAUCGUAUGAGAGAGGUACGCGAGUACUUCAUCUUGAGUUCAAACAGAAAACUUGA